AUGGAUCCUCCAAUUGAUAAGGAAAUUUUGGCAUCAGUUGAUAAUCAUGAUCCGUAUCGCAUGUUGCAAGAAUCUCUUAAAUAUCUUGAGAUGGUGUAUAAUAGAUCUAAGGAAGCACCAAAAUCUUUAUAUUCUGAAAACCAAAUCGAGACUAAAAUAGAGAAAUUGAAGCAGGAGCUGAGUCUGUUUUCAUCUGAAGCUAUUGGGAACAAAGAAUGAGCAAAUUUGAUGCUAGAAUUAUCAAAAUCCUAUAGAAACAUAAAUGAAAUCAUGACCUCCAAAAGUAUCCUCUUAGAAGGGAUCGAAAAAUGCCAAGAUAGUGACAUUUUGAUUGAGCUCAAAAAACACUUGGAAUCUCUGGACGAGAAAAUGGACGGAAGCGAAGAAUACAAGGAAUUCCAACAGAUUUUUAAAGAACAAGUUUUAAGUGAAGGGAGCUUAUGGCACUUGGUUUCUAAACUAUGGUUUGACGCAUGGUCAAGUUACAGCCGUGGUGACUCUGUUGAGCAUCCAGGAAUGAUUUCUAAUGGGAAUUUAAUAGAAAAUAUUGACGCAGACAAAAUUAUUCUUGACCCUUUACCAUGCAAAAGCUACACUAAUGUAUUUUUGAAAAAAGGAAUUUUAGAAGAAAUUGACUAUGUGAUUUUAAGUAAGGAAGCUUAUAGCUUCCUAGUUAAGAAAUACGGGCAUGAUAAUACAGAGAUUAAGCGCUGGUGCAUUUCCAUAUCUCAAGACGCAAGCAUUUUGCAAGUGGAGGUGCAUUUAAAACCAAUACAGAUUAUUUGGGUUUCUGACAGUAAAAAAGCCAAAAAAGUUAUCCAAAUAAGUCGAAAAGAAACUAUAAAAAAUCUGAUAGAAAAAUUAGAAAGAAUCCAUCGGUGCCCUCAGAAUACAGCAUCCAAGCUAUGGAAAAUCGAUCCAAACUCCAAAAUUGAUAAGCUGUUCCAAAAUGGUCAAAGUGUUGUAUUAAAAGGAGCUAUGCUACUCAAUGAACGCGAAGACCUUGAAAACUGCGAAAUUGCUGACGAAGACCUGGUGCUUUUUGAGUCCAAAUCUAAAAACGGGUUGUGGAAAAUUAAUUUAUCACACGAAGACUUAUGCCCUUCUUGCCAAAAUCCAGGAAAUUUGCUAUGUACAGCCUGUCGCAAAGUGAAAUACUGCAGCACAGCAUGCCAAAGAUCCCAUUACAAGGAACAUAAAGAAUUCUGCAGACACAUAAAAAUUUCUGAAACUCAAUCAUCAACUUCUAAUGGGCUCACAGGUCUCCAAAACCUAGGAAACACUUGCUUCAUGAACUCUGCGUUACAAUGCAUUGCUCAUACACUGCCACUGACCAAUUUCUUCAUAACAAACGAGUUCCAGCGUGAUAUAAACACAAAUAACCCUCUUGGUACAAAAGGAGCUGUUUUAGCCUAUUCAUAUGCAGACUUAAUAAAAGAAAUGUGGACGAAUUCCUCAUCAAUUUCUCCUUGGAGCUUUAAAAAGACAAUAGCGAAGUUUGCUCCACAGUUCACAGGGUAUCAGCAGCAUGAUUCACAUGAGCUUUUAUCGUAUCUUUUGACCGGACUUCAUGAGGAUUUGAAUAGAGUGAAAAAGAAGCCAUAUACAGAAAAACCAGAAACCGAUAAUAAAUCAGAUCAAGAAGCGGCUCAUGAAGCCUGGGAGUGGUUUUUGAUGAGAAAUCAAAGUAUUAUUGUGGAUCUGAUGUAUGGGCAAUGCAAAUCUACACUGACAUGCCCCCAUUGCAACAGAAUUUCUAUCACUUUUGACCCCUUUUUGAGUUUUUCUGUGUCUAUACCUAAUUUUGAAGCUAAAGAAGUGACUAUUUAUUAUGCAGGAAUGAAUUCAGAACCUCCAUUAGUGAAGCAAACCUUUAUGAUGAAUAUGAAUGGAACUAUAGGGAGGUUAAAGGAACUCUUCACUUACACUUAAUUAGAUUAUAGAAAAACUCCCUGUCGGGAUCCAAAGAUCCUUAUUUCAUUCCAUAACGCUCCACUCGUCUGAUUCGCAGACAUAGCUUGACCUUCAAAGUCUUGCUCCUAUCAGACAUGGGCCUGCACCGUACCGUGUGUCAACAGGGUUCCCCCAUUGGGAAUUCUAAAGGUUGAAUUUUCUGGUCGACUCUUGCGAAUAUGGAAAUCCGUAGCCCAGGGUGUAACUCCUGGCUUUCACGCUGGGGAAGUUCCAAAUGUUCUAGACGAACGCCAUUGGCACUGCUGGGAAGCCCUAUUCCAACUUCUGGACUUAUCUCCCACUGAGGUGGCAUUGGAGUAAAACCUGCAGUCGGCCAAACCGGCAUUGCGCUUUACGAAACCAAGAAAAACCUAGCUGGAUAUGCAUAUCGAACGCCAGCCUCCCUCCUCAAGGUCUUGGCAUCCUUUUGGAUGUCGGCUACAGGAUUUAAGAGGGUGGGCUAAUUAACCUAUAUAUGAGUUAAAAGAACUCAUAAAGCUAAGUUUUAACGCUGCUGGGGUAAUUAUUUGCUGAUAUAAUAAAUUUACCUUAAAAGGGGUCGUGAACGAUGAUAUUGAAAUAGGAGACAUUUCUAGUCAAAGAAUACUUAUUGCGUUCGAGACUCCUGAAAGCAUGGAAAAUAGAGAAGUUUUGCCUAUUUAUAUAAGACAGAACCAAAAAUCAAUGCUGUCAGGGCCGAACAGAAUUCCAGCUUCCUUUGUGAGACUGGUUUUUCCACAUCAUAAUGAUUCUCUUGCAAAUAUCCAUUUAAAAGUUGCAUUAGCUAUCAAACCAUUACUCCAAGAAAAAUAUAAUCGUAGGCUUGAUAAUAUAUCAGAUAUAAAAGAUCUUUCCUACGAAGAGCUUUACCAGCUGAAUAUAGUAAACGCUUCAAAAUCUGCAGAUGGCUAUUUCACCACUUCAAAGCUUCCUUGCGAUUUUUGUGGAAACCCUAAAUGUGAAAACUGCCCUUUGCCAUUCACAGAAGAGGAAUCAUUUAUAGAUAUUCUUGAAAAAAUGAAAAAUUACGAUGGAACACUUUCUUUAGAAGUAUUAUUUUCUCACAAAAUAAAAGAUUUCCAGUCUAUCAACUCUUUUGAAGACAAAGAAAAUUUCCAAGACCCACAAUUGGAACGAAAAAGAAAAUUGACUCUUUAUGAUUGCUUAGAUUAUUCUUGCCGACCAGAAAAGCUGGAUGCACAAAACGAAUGAUACUGCAAUAAAUGCCAAAAGCAAGGCCAAGCAGUAAAACUGUACCAGAUCUACAAGCUUCCACAAAUUUUGAUUUUACACCUUAUACGAUUUAGGUCAAGGUCUUAUUGGACACAGAAAUUGUCAGCGCCAGUAGAGUUUCCAUUAGAAGGGCUUGAUUUGAGUAAUUAUGUGUUAGGGGAUAAAUCUGGGGCUGUUUAUGAUUUAUAUGCAGUUUCUAAUCACUAUGGAGGGCUAGGAGGAGGACACUAUACAGCAUAUGUGAAAGAUGUGAAAACUGGGGACUGGAUGGAUAUGGACGAUUCAAUGGUAUCAAAAGCUAAUAGCGAAAGUGUAGUUUCGCCUGCAGCUUACAUAUUAUUUUAUAAACGUAGGUAA